AUCAUGCAGAGAGCUGUUGUAUUUCUGCUGCUGACCGCUCUCUUGGCCAAUGGACAAGAGUUACGCUGGGAAAACUCCUAUGAUCAGCCCCUGAAUUUUCAGUGUCCUCCAGGACAGUCCAUAUCCUAUGUGAAGAGCCAACAUGAGAAUAAGUAUGAAGACCGGGUGUGGGAGUUUGGCUGUAAAGACACCUUUAGCUCUGGUUCAGACUGUUUUCUGUCUCCGUACGUCAAUGACUUCGACCAACAGUUCACCUAUGAGUGUCCACCAAAUCACAUCAUGUCAGGAAUGAGCAGCUACCACAGUGAUAAACACGAGGACAGAAGGUGGCAGUUCUAUUGCUGUAGAGGUAACCGCGUCUGUACUGGUCAGUGUGAGUGGACCACUUAUGUAAACUGGUUUGAUGAGCUCUUUCACUGGACUGUCCCAAACCAACACUUCCUUACGGGUGUUGAAAGCUACCAUGAGAAUAAAUACGAAGACCGUCGCUGGAAGUAUCAGUACUGUGCCAAGUUGCAAUGCUGAGACUCUCUCAAAUGCAAAUACAAUCAAAUUCAAACCUGAAAUGAAUACAAGACUAAACACAAUGUCAAACUGGUGACUAUUAGUGAAAAAGAAAUCUGUAACAACUUAUCAAUACAUUUCAGUCACAUAA